UGCGAGUGCGGUGUACACGCUCUCUGCGCUUUAAACGAAGUUAGACUAGCUGGCGUUGCAGUAAACUUGUGUAGAAAAUUAUACUAUACGGGACGGCAUACAAUAUGUGCAGGUGCAGCGGCUAUACCACGUGUCACGUGUACACCUGACCUACAUUAUUUCACAUGUACUCCGGAUUCUGCUGCGGCUGCAGUUCUCGAGCACUAACAGGAUCACGCUAGACCAGUGACAGUUGCAAUAGUAAAUAAAGAUAAAGAAAGAAAGAAAGAAAAAGAAAAAGAGAAAGAAAAAAAACGAUGAGAAGUUGGAAGAACGGAGAUGAAAAAAAGAUGAUCGUUUUCUCUCGAACGGCUUGAAUCUGCCUCCGCGAAAACUGAUAUACGUAUACACGCUAUAUUCUGUUUUUGAUAAACAAAAUUAUUUGUUUGCGAUAAUACCAAUUGUGAGGCGCUGGGUUCACUCGAGAUAAGAAGGUGCUAGAAGGGAUCGAUUCGGUGAAAGUCACGCGCUGAUAUCUUGUCUCGUGCCGUUCGCAGAUAAAGAAAAAUUUUAUCAUUUUAUGGCACAUCUUUGAGGAAAAGCAACGAGUAUUCAUCCAUUCACUGUCACAAUUGAGGGGUUCCGAUCGCUGUGAUCUCAUUGGUUCUUCACGUUUUUCGCUACUCUGUACGCCGCACGAUCAGCGGAGUGGAAAUAUAUAAUUCCGUAUUAUUUCUGUUUACCGGAAACCGUUUACGUGAUCGUAAAAUAACGUGCAAUCGUUGCUUUGAAAAAUAACGAGCACUCGUCACGGGGUAAUAGUCGCGGUAUUGUUGGGAAUAAAUAACGAGCACAAGUUGCGGCGAUCGGCAGUACGAUAUAGCGCGUUAAACUUGACGGAAUCGUAGGAUCGAAACGUUAUCUUUAAAGACGGACACUCGACACACUAUGGCAGAUGACUCGAGCGAUUACUCCUACGUUUACGAAAAGGAGGCUAUCGCGUAUAUCGACGAAGAAUUCGACCAGAUCAAAGAUGAUUGUUACUUGGAUCAUGCGGGGGCUACGAUGUACUCGAAAAGUCAGAUGCGAAACGUCGCCGACGACCUUUCGUCAAACCUUUAUGGAAACCCUCAUUCACUCGGCACGGCCAGCCGACUCACCCACGACGUCGUCGACCAGAUGAGAUUCAGAAUACUGGAUCACUUUCGGACCAACAGCGAUGAGUACAGCGUAAUUUUUACCUCUGGUGCAACGGCAUCUUUGAAGCUGGUUUCAGAAACGUUCAAUUUUUCAGAAGAUGGUGGAGCUAACGGUCAUUUCGUGUAUCUACAAGAUAAUCACACGUCCGUUCUUGGGAUGAGAGAAGUCGUGGCGCAAAGAGGAGUCAAAGUUAUUUGCCUGAAUCACGAGAAUAUAUUCGAUCUUUUUAGUGACGCAGUGAAUACAGAUGAGAAAAAAAUUCGCAGGCCCGUCGACGGGAUUAACUCGCUGUUUGUCUAUCCUGCACAGUGCAACUUCUCUGGUUUGAAAUACCCCCUGUGGUGGAUCGAACGAGUCCGAAACGGAAAACUCGAUAGCCUGAUUGACAACGAUCGCCCCGAGUGGUUCACUUUUCUCGACGCCGCAAGCUACGUUGCUACGAACAAGUUGAACCUGAGCAUUCAUAAACCAGACUUUGUCUGCGUUUCGUUUUAUAAAAUUUUUGGAUACCCCACCGGACUCGGGGCUCUGCUGGUAAGGAAGUCUGCGGAAAAAACUCUAGGGAAAAUUUACUACGGCGGUGGUACGGUGGAGAUCAGUCUCAGCUCGGAUAUGUUCCAUUCGAAAAGACCUGUCCUCCAUGAGAGGUUUGAGGACGGAACGCUCUCUUUCCUAUCCAUAAUAUCAUUACGCCAUGGUUUCGACGCGCUUUCAAAGUUCCCUGCUAAAGUCGUAUCGAGACAUGUUUUUUCAUUGGCGAGGUACCUUCAUCACUCCUUGUUGAAACUCCACCACGCCAACGGAGAACCGAUAGCCAGACUUUAUGCAGAUACAGACUACGAGGACUGCCAAAAACAAGGAGGUAUCGUAACGUUCAACCUCCUCAGAUCGAAUGGCGAAAUUGUGGGAUUUGUUGAGUUCCUGAAUAUGGCCAAUCUCCACAAAAUACACCUGAGAACAGGCUGCUUUUGUAACCCUGGUGCUUGCCAGCGGCACCUUGAACUAUCCAAUGAAGAUCUGAAAGAGCACUUCAACGCUGGACAUGUAUGCGGAGAUCAAAGAGAUUUGAUCGAUGGAAAACCUACAGGAGCGAUUCGAGUUUCUUUUGGGUACAUGUCCAGAAAAUCAGAUGUCGAAUCUCUGUUAGACAUGGUUAAAAAGUGUUUCCUCAAUGGGCCUGAAGUUAUAAAGAUUCCAGAAUGGUGGAAGGAAUGCAAGAUAAAAGUAAAAAAUAAUCCUAACAAAAACGGGAUAAAAGUUGCCAAUGAAAAUGAACCGAACAAUGAAGCGAGUUCGAUAAAAAAGCAAACAGUGGACUGUGAAACUAUUAAAGUUGUGAAAGAAGUGAGGGUAGAGGAUGAAAUCAUGGAGAAUGAGGGAGGGUUCAGACUCAAAAGGUUAUUUAUAUAUCCAGUAAAGUCCUGCGCCAGUUACGAGAUAUCAAACUCCUGGAUUAUCGGAGACAGAGGGUUGAUUUAUGACAGAGAAUGGAUGAUCACUACACCAUCUGGCGUCUGUUUAACUCAGAAACAGGAAACCAAAAUGUGCCUUGUAAAGCCGAUAAUUAGACAAGCUGAGAAUUCAUUGGAGUUAAAUUUUCCCGGAAUGCCUUCCAUCCAGGUCCCAUUAAAAAUCAACAAACUCAACACGGAAAUAACUAGGACUGAAAUUUCUCAAAGUAAAAUAUGCGGGCAUAGAGUUGAGGGUAUUGAUUGCGGUGCAGACGUUUCUGAAUGGCUCAGUUUAUGCUUGGGCCGACCUGGCCUUAGGCUUAUCAGGCAAAACAGUGAAAGUAAACGAAUAAAACCAGUUAAGAAACCAGAAAUCGCAUUUUCCAGCCAGGCUCAGUACUUGCUGAUAAAUCAAGCAAGCAUCCAGUGGCUGGCGGAUAGAGUUCCACCCGAUUCGGGUUGCGAUAGAGAUUCAAUAUUGGACAGAUUCAGAGGCAACAUAAUCAUAGAAGGUGGCAAGUCUUUUGAAGAAAUGAAAUGGGAGAAAAUUUGUAUUGGAAAAACAAGAUUUCAGGUCGAUGGAAAAUGCACGAGGUGUCAAAUGAUCUGCAUUGAUCAAAGUACCGGGAACAAAACGGUAGAACCCCUAAGAACAUUGGCUGAAGAAUUUCAUGGAAAAAUAAGAUUUGGUAUUUACCUAAGCAGAACAACAAGUGAUAGCUCAGUUAUAAGAAUUGGAGAUACUCUGUUCUACAAGUGAAAUGAUGAGUGAUCGAUUACUCAAUGAGAUGUUAAAUAUUAAUUAAAUAAUGCUAUUGGCGAUACACGAUUCUAAUAAUUCUAAUAUUGUUAUGUGAUUGCAUAUAAUUACUUUCAAGAAAUAGAACACUCUAUCGGC